CCACACUAACCGUUUCACAGCAAUCCUUCACUCUCUCCAGGUACUUUUCUCUCGGAAAAUUUCACAGAUUUUCCCGGAAAAAAAACUCGUCUCCGCACCUAAUCUUUCUUAGAAAUUACGCACACUAUUGUAUCAUCCUCGAUCUUUUGACUAAAAAGACCUCGAUGAUACUCGUCUUUCUUUGUUCGUCGUCGAAGCGAAUUUUCUAGGUCAACUUUGAGAGAACAUUUUCUCGGGAAAAUUCAAUUGUUCAGAUGGCAGAUAGCGAAGAUGAUGAGAUAAUAGAUAUUGAAGGAUAUACGGAAUCAUCUAAAGCAUCGAUCACGAGUGAAGAUUGGGAGCGGUUGCUGAGAACUGUGAAGAUUCAGAGAGAAGAAGUGAACAGACUCGUUAUGAAUUUUUUUGUGGUUGAAGGUUUUCUAGAAGCUGUGGAGAAGUUCGAAUCAGAGUCUGGAACUAAGCCAGAAGUUGAAUCUGCGAGUAUCGCUGGCCGAGUGGCUGUUGUCAAGGCUAUCCAAAGCGGAGAUCUUGAGGUUGCUGUUGAGAAGCUGAAGGCUUUAAACCCUGAGAUACUGAAGGAGAGUUUUUGUCUUCAUCAGCAAAGGUUGAUAGAAAUAAUCCGCUUGGGGACUACUGAUAAGGCCUUAGAGUUUGCUCAGAAAGAGCUUAAACCAUUUGGAGAACAGAACCGGGUGUUUCUGGAAGAAUUGGAAAAAACUCUUAUGUUGCUCGGUUAUGAAGAUCUUACUACCUCUAGCUGCCCGAUGACUCUGAGAGAGCUUCUUACCAAUUCACAGCGGUUGAAGACAGCUGCCGAAGUAGAAGCAGCGAUUCUUAUAAGUCAGACUGGUGAAAAAUAUUCCAAACUUGAACACUUGUUGAAGAUGCUGAAUUGGACUCAGAAUCAACUGGAUGAAGAGUUAGAGUAUCCACGCAUGACUGUUUUGCCCACUGGCCAGGUUACAGUCAUAAACUCAUCAGAAUGAUUCUUCACCUCUUUCAGCAAAUAAUGGCUCUGCCUAAAGGGAACAUGUAUAAUGAGAUAUAACCUGAUCUGUGACAAGAACAUGAGGAGACCAUAGCUUCAUAUUGUAUACUAUUUUGAUUGAGAUGAGAGUUUUUUGGCAUUGCACUUAUUGAUAAAAGGCAUUUUGCUUUCUAAAUGGG